AUGGACAUCUUUUCCAGACAGGAAGAUGGUGAAACAAUUUUACAUAAAUGUUGUCUAUUUGGUCAAAUAGAAAUGUGUGAACAUUUGGACAAUCGUUUUCCAGAUUUAUUGGAGGUAAGGGACAAUGACGAAUGGACAGCGUUACAUUCAGCUUGCAGGGGAGGAAGUGUUGAAAUUGUUUCUUUUCUUAUAGAAAAAGGGAUGGAUUUCAAUGCCUUGUCAAAUGAUGGUAAAACUGUCUUGCAUAUAGCUUGUCUCAAAGGGAAUUUUGAAGUUUGUGUGUACUUAGUUGAGAAUUAUCCCCAUCUGUUAAAUGUCAAAGACAAAUCUAGUGAGACAGUGUUGCAUGAUGCAUCUUGGGGAGGCAAUGUUCAAAUAGUAAAACUAUUGAUUGAAAAAAAGAUGGACAUCUAUUCUGUACAGGGAGGUAGUGAAACAAUUUUACAUAAAUGUUGUUGCUCGGGUAAAAUGGAAAUGUGUGAUUAUUUGGUCAAACAUUUUUCAGGGUUAUUGGAGUUAAGGGAGAAUAGAGGAUGGACAGCCAUACAUUCAGCUUGUAGGGGAGGAAGUGUAGAAAUUGUUUCUUUUCUUACAGGAAAAGGGAUGUAUUUCAAUGCUUUGUCAAAUGAUGGUAAAACUAUCUUGCAUAUAGCUUGUGUCAGUGGGAAGUUUGAAGUUUGUGAAUACCUAGUUGAGAAUUAUCCCGAUCUAUUAGAUGUCAGGGACAAAUCUGGUGACACAGUGUUGCAUGCUGCCGCCCAGGGAGACAAUUUUCAAAUAGUAAAACUAUUGAUUGAGAAAAAGAUGGACGUCAGUUUCCGACAAGAAGGUGGUGAAACAAUUUUACAUUUAUGCUGUCGCUCUGGUAAAAUGGACAUGUGUGAAUAUUUGGUCAAUCAUUUUCCAGACUUACUGGAGAUAAAGGACAAUGACGGAUGGACGGCAUUACAUUCAGCUUGCUGUGGGGGAAGUGUAGAAAUUGUGGUUUUUCUGAUAGAAAAUGGAUUGGACAUCAAUGCUUUGUCAAAUGAUGGUAAAAGUAUUCUGCAUAUAGCUUGUCUCACUGGGAAGUUUGAAAUUUGUGAGUUUUUAGUUGAGAUCUUUCCCCAUUUAUUAGAUUUAGGGGACAGUUGUGGUAACUCAGUGUUGUAUGAUGCAGCUAUGGGAGGCAAUGUUCAAAUAGUUAAACUAUUAGUUGAGAAAAAUAUGGACAUCAAUAGCCUACUGGACGAUUGUGAAUCAAUAUUACAUCAAUGCCGUCGUUCUGGUAAAAUUGAGAUGUGUGAAUAUUUGGUCGAUCAUUUUUCAGAUUUAUUGCUGAUAAGGGAUUAUGGUUGGACAGAAUAG